AUGACGGGCAUGUAUGGGAACUCAACAAGCGAGCUUGCAGAUAACCGAGCCCAGGAAGACGCCGAGGGCGGCUUGGCGGUGUUCGUGGUGCAGUGUGUGUCGUUGUCGUUUGCCGCCUUUGUGGCUGUGUUCGGCAACGGGGCCACCAUUGUGGCGUUCAUCUGUGACAGUGGGCUUCGGGACAAGCCUAGCAACCUGCUGAUACUCGCCCUGUCUUGCUCAGACCUGUGUGUGGGGUUCGUCAUCACCUCGAUAACCCUGAGCACCUUUUUUGUCUCCUGGACCCUUGGGGAGCUGGGUUGUCGCUUCGUCAUCAGCGUGGGGGAUCUGAUUGUGCCGCUUGGGCCUCUCCUUGUUGCGGCUAUUUGCCUGGACCGCUACCUGCUCAUCUCCCGCGACUAUCCGCGGUACCUGGCUAUCCAGACGCGGCGCAGGGUCCGCCUAACUAUCGCCUUGUGUUGGCUUCUCACUGCGGUGCUUUGCACGACAGAAAACAUACUUUGGGACGUCGCUCCCGUCGACGACACCGACUUCACCCGGGCAUGUACAUCUCCGAGUAAGUCCAAUCUGCAGUUUCAGCAGUUUUCCAACAUCGUUUACGCCCUGAUACCCUUCAGCUUCGUGACGGGCUGCAGCGUGCGGUUCCUAGUGUUGCUGAGGAGAAAACUGAAAGGUCACCGGCGUGUAGGUCCACGGACAGUCAGCGCCCAGGUACGGUGGGCCCAAGCGACGACGCCCCGGCAGCCGUCAACCGAGUUUCUUUCCCCUACGUCCCUCAGUGAGUCCAACGAGCCUUCUACCUGUACCGCGCACAGGGAAGACAACGGCGUGACUCGGCUAAUCCCGCCUGUCUACUCCCCGGACACUGACAGCCCGUCCCAGCUGCUGAGGAGUCGCUACGUCCGGCCCAUCAUCACGGUCAUCUGUCUGGUAGCGGCGCUGGCGGUCUGCUACAUGCCUUACUGCAUAUACUUCUUGUUUGUGGUAACCUUAUGUCCAUCCUGCAACAGUCCCAACCUGUUCACAACGUUCCACCUUCUUAGACUUUUCAAUUCCUGCCUGGACCCAAUACUGUAUGCUGCCACCCAGCGCCGCAUCAGGACAUUCUAUGGCAAACAAUUCAGACGCCUCUCAAGGCAUAUCCGAUCGUCCUUUAGACGGCGAUUCCGGACAUGA